CGAGCCGCCCCGAGACACCGGACCAGCAGGACCUCGCGCGCUCAACCCCGCCGCCAUCAGCCCCGCACCACCACGCGGCGGAUCCGGCCUGAGCAGCCCCGGAUCCACCCCCCGACGCCGGCGAAGAGGGCCACCACACCGGAUCUUGCAGCGCCGUCGGAUGGAUCCCCGCUAGCUGGCGAGCGCCGACACAAAGGAGCCCCGCCGCCACCAUCCCUGGGGCACGCGCGGCUUCGCCGGCGUCCUCUCCGGCGGCGGCGAAGCGGAUGGGGGUGAGAGGGAGUGGGCCGGCGGCGGCGCGAUGGGGCUGCCCCCGAGCCGCCAGAGGAGGCGACGCGGGGGGAGGGAGCGUUUUUUUUCGCGGAGAGGGGCCUCCUGAAAAUUUCUAGGCACACUUAUCCCUUGCUUGGGAGUUCAUAAUUUAGUUUCCCGUGUUUCUUCAGGAUGACAUCAGAUUUGGGCUAUGUAGAGCAAGCAGAGUAUACCACGCGUUGCGUUGUUUGCUAUAGGCAAUCGAGUCUGUCAGUCCACAACUUUACUGAGAGAAUGCUUGGGAGUGCAGAUGUGCAGUUAUCUUAAUACUUGUUGUGGACUGUGUUUCGGCUGAAAUACGUUGUUAGUUCCCGGUGUGCACCGUUGCGUAUUACUAGAUGUCAAUUGGACUAGGAUUGACCUACUCAUUAGUCUGUGUCAUGGUAUUAUCCCUAUUUUUUAUGUUCCACUAGUUCUUACUGUCAUUUCUCUGCACAUGUGCAGCUGAUACUAUUCGAGCUGGAUGCGGCUCUAUUCACCUGCAAUCUGUUUGCGGCGAGCUGCCUCAACUAGUAUGUAUGCUCAUUCCAAUCAGUUCCAAGGAGGAGCCACACAGAGUAUGGUCUUAUGGAACUGCUCCCGACCGCAGUCAAGCCGUUCUCAUAUGACAUUGGGCGUAACCGAUUCUUCUCAUAAUAAGAACAUAAGAUCUUCUGAAGCGCAGAGUCUCAAGUACUUUGUCAGCUUAGUGGGCCGUCGAUUGCAUCGCGGAUUGUCAACCAGAGAGGGCAGUCUUAAUGUAAAGCUCGACAUGCUUUCACGUGACAGAAUGUCGGGUACUAAUUGGAAAUGGAGAGGCGUCCAUCAGAAGAUAGGAGCUACGGCUGGUGGGCUCUGCUUUGGUUUUUCAGUUUCAGGGAUCGCAAGAGCCGAGAUGCCUGUGGACAGAAAGAUCAAUUGUGCAGAAACUUCAGCGUCAUCUUCUCAUGGGAAGAAAGUCUACACGGAUUAUUCUGUCACCGGGAUUCCAGGAGAUGGGAGAUGCUUAUUCCGCUCCGUGGUUCAUGGGGCAUGCAUCCGCUCGGGGAAACCUAUCCCUAAUGAAGAUCUUCAGAGAAAGCUAGCUGAUGAAUUGAGGUCAAUGGUUGCCGAUGAAUUUGUCACUAGACGAGAAGAGACUGAAUGGUUUGUUGAGGGCGAUUUCGAUACAUAUGUUUCCCAGAUUAGGCAGCCACAUGUGUGGGGUGGUGAGCCAGAACUGUUCAUGGCUUCACAUGUUCUCCAGAUGCCAAUAACUGUGUAUAUGCAUGAUGAAGAUGUGGGUGGCUUAAUAACUAUUGCUGAAUAUGGCCAAGAGUACGGUAAAGAAGAUCCAAUACAAGUUCUGUAUCACGGUUUUGGCCAUUAUGAUUCCCUACAGAUUCAGAAGACAUAGGGGUCCGAAGACUAUAAUUUAGAAUUUGGGGCUUCGAGAUUCAGAAGGCACCGUUUCAAAAGCAUUUGAUCGUGUGUAAGUGUAAUAGCCUGGAGCCUGGAUGACUUUGUGUGCAAGCACAUGCUCGUAGAAGAUGACAAGAGAUACAAGGCAUUCCGUUAUCUGUAUGAAGGCGCCGAAGGAGCAAAAUUUGGAUGGGAGAGGACUGAAUCCUGUUGUUGUUGUUGUGUUGUUCAUGUACUCACCUCACCGUAGGGUGUAGGGUGUCGAUAUGCGAUGUCAUCUAUCUUGCUGUGGACGAAUAACAAAGACUACGGAUUAUCUAGCUAGCUAGGCGCAAGUUCUGCACGUACGUCAAUGUAAAUCAUGAGUUAUGUACAGUAUGAUCCACUGCUGCCGGCCAUCAAGAUUGUUAUG